AUGAUUCCGAAGAGUAAUAUCAGUCUCAGGUUUGUUGUGGUAGGGGGUGGAAUAGGGGGCUUGUCGGUAGCAAUCGGACUCAUUCUGGCUGGGCAUGAAGUAAUUGUUUUAGAAAAAGCACAACAAUUAUCGGAGGUCGGUGCUGGUAUCCAGAUCCCGCCCAAUUCUACCAGAAUACUCGAGAUACUUGGAUGCAAAGCACAUAUAUUAGAGAAAGCUCUGGUACCAAAGGCAUACCAUUUCUUCAACUACAAAGGAGACAAUCUUAUCAGUAUAGAGCUUGACCCCUAUUGUGCUCGCAAGUAUGGUUGCAAAUCUUUACAUAUACACAGAGGAGAUUAUCACAAAUGCCUUGUUCAAAGAGCCAGAGAACUGGGAAUUACAAUUCUUGUGAACUCUGGCAUUGUGGAAAUUGACCUGGUUCACAACAUUGCAAUAACCCACGAUGGCCAGAAAUAUCACGGAGACGUGAUUAUAGGGGCAGACGGUUUGAACUCGAGUGUUCGCAGCUCUAUAUUUGGAAAAGAGAUCUUGGCAACAAAUAGUGGAGAUCAAGCUUAUCGCUCUUUGAUAUCGAUUCCUGAGAUGGCAAAGCAUCCCGAACUGGAUUUCAUCCACAAGUUACCAUGUGUCAACUUUUUCUGGGGGCCCCAAGGGCACGUGGUGACUUACCCCUUGAAGGGUGGCAACAGCUGCAACGUCGUUGUAAUGGGGCCCGACAACCUCCCACCAGAUUCAAGAGUUGCUGCUGCAGACAAACAUGAGGUCUUGCAAUUUUUGAAAUCUUGGGACUCCCGAUUGCAGCUCCUUUUGAGCCUUGCAACCUCAACUUUCAAGUGGAGACUUCAAUAUAUCGAGGAGCUAGAUUUCUGGAGCCAUCCUACUCAAAAUGUAACUCUUCUGGGAGACGCUUGCCAUGCGACUUUGCCUUAUCUGGCUCAAGGAGCAGCUCAAGCUAUAGAAGAUGCCGCUGCCUUAGCGUACCUAUUUGGAAAAAUCAAACACAAAUCUGAGAUUCAUUUUUUGUUAGAGAUGUACGAAUACAUCAGGAAACCAAGAACCACCCGCAUUGUCAACUCCUCAAAAGACUGUCAACAAAUUUACCAUCUCCAGGAUGGAGAAAAACAGAAAUUGAGAGACCUAGAAUGUGCAUUAGAUCCUCCGCAGGAAGGAUGCCCCGCUAGGUGGGCAGACCCUGAGUUUCAGGAGUACCUGUUUGGCUACAACAUAUUCGAGGAGUGCGAAAAACAAUGGCUCAUGGCCACGACUUUGAAAGAGAAAUUGUGACCAGGUCAAAGCAGCUGAAGGAAAUUUUUAUCAAUGAAUUUCUUUCUUAUCUGUGGCUCACUGAUCAAAAAAUAAUGCAAUCUUAAAAAGGUAUAUAUUCAUUAUUGUGAAAUCUUGGCGAAACUAGCUUAUGACAAAAACAGUGCUAUUUCACGCCGUCAUUAAUUGUGACAUUCAAAACCAGCGUCAGUUAGAUCGUGGAGACUAUGGGGAUAUUGCCUGUAUAUUUUUCACUAAACACGGUCUUAAUCGCCCAACAAAGAAGUACCACGCGGUUUACGGUGAUCUUCCUUCCACUUCUGAAUUAGAUAAAUUUGCGUCAGUACACUUGACGGGAGCCAAUCAGUGUCCUUAUGGAGACGAGCCUUGGGUGCUUGAAGUGGUUGCUCUAGUGAAAAAUAUCGUGGAGGAGUACCCUUCAAUAAAAUUAACCGGUGCAUGUUUUGGCCACCAGAUCAUCUGUAGAGCUACGGGUGGAGUGGUGACCCCAAAUCCCAAUGGUAUUGAAGGUGGCAUAUGCGAAAUUGAAAUCUCCGAUGACUUUCCGCGUACUAUUUUGGAUUUACCUCCUCCAAGGAAGCUCCAUAUUGUGGAAGCACAUAAGAACUGGGUGCAAUCAGCACCACCUGAUGUUAUUGUUUUGGGUUCUUCCAGUAAAACCCACAAUCAAGGAGUCUACCGCAAGGGUCGUUUUCUUACAAUUCAAGGCCAUCCCGAAUACGGAACAGACAUCAGCGAUUUCAUUGUACAGUCCUGGAUAAAGAAAGACUGCUCUCAAGCAUACUACGCUGACUGUAUGAGUCGGAACAAAAGUCUGCCCAACGAUGGUGGUGUUCUUGGAAGAGCAAUGGUUAGGUUCCUUACUGAUGAC